GAUUCAUCAAAAUCAUGAAGAAAUAAAAUAAAUUUGAGAGAGACAAUACUAUACAAAUUUUCAUUAGCUAAAUAAGGACAGAUAUAGGUCACAUUUUAUUGGCCGUUUUAUACCAUUGUUGUGUGGUUGUACACAACACUAAAAACAUAACCUCAAUUUAUUUUCUAUCGCAGAUUUUCUUUAAAAUUGGUUUUAUAAGCAAUAUUUAUAAUGGGGUCUAAAUUAUCGUUAGAAAACGAAGAAGUAGAAACCGAUCCUCGUUUUAAAUAUGAUCCGGAAGGAAAAAACCGAAUGUUUAGUUUAAUUUCAUACGUAAUAGUUAUUUUAGUAAUUGGAUUACCGAUGUGGUGGCUAACAACGCGUGUAUACAGAGCUCCAUUACCUUUAGAUGAAAUGUUAAGUUUUGAUAUACCAAAGAAAACAAUUCGUGAAAAUAGUAUUCCUUUAAGCUUAGAAUAUGAUGUUUUAAUAACAGUAUUAAACCCCGAUCCAAGUAAUUUGGAUGUAGACAUACAAAUGGUAGAUUUAAAAUUGAGUUUGGAAGGUUUUUUGAAACAAAUUGGCCCAAUUGCUAAUUUUACCGUAAAAUCCCAAUGGUUGUAUUUAUUGGAGUUGGGGGUACAACCCAUAGAAGAUAAAGGACGAUUUUUUAUCGAAGAGGAUCAAUUACCACUGAUUAUUACUCCGCUAGAAAAAAAGAUGUGGUCGCACAUGUCACCUCGUCCCACUCUAAAAUUGGUGACUUACAUUUCUCGAUGCGAUAAACCAAUUUUUAUUCGUGAUAAAAAGCGAAAUAUCGUCGAAAGUAACGCUUUUUUAAAUCCUAGAUGGGGUGGAAUCGGAAUUAUUAACCCUGACAAAGAAUCUUGUCUUAAAAAAUCUUUCAAACCAGAUAUUUCUUUGAUUUUAUCAACAUAUUCGAACCAUUUACAAAACUUAUUGGGUUUAAAAGAAAAUGAUCCGGAAAGUGUUAAGAGUUUAAUGAAAAUAAAAACUUUAGAUAUGAUUAAAUCGACUAAGAGAACAUUAAAAUCUUUAGCUUUGUUAUUGUCAGAAAUUAACAGUAUUGUUAUAAGCGAUGAAGUUGCUUUAAAAGUAAAUACAGCUUUGGAGAAUGCGCAAAAAGCGGAAAGAUUUAUGGAAAAGGGGGAUGUUGAGAAUGGUUUAGCAGCUGCUAAAGUUGCUUAUUGGUUUUCUGAAGGUGCUUUUAGUGAUCCUUCGUUAUUAGCACUUUUAUAUUUUCCGGAUGAUCAAAAGUAUGCAGUUUAUAUUCCAUUAUUUUUACCGGUAAUGCUUCCAGUUUUGAUAUCGUUGGUUAAUUUGAAAAAGUGGAUUGAUAAGCAGAAAAAAUUAAAAACUGAAAAACUUGAGUAAAAUAAAGUUUGCUU